CAAAGAUCUUUAUGGAUUUAACAGCUGACAAAAUGUACAUAAUGUUGCAACGUGGAUGAAAAAAUACAUAAAAUCUGCAUUCUUUCUAUCGGCCAGCAGGAGGCCGCUCCACUCUGAUAGUAUCGAGUCUUAUGGCGAAAUAAUCCGACUUCUCAGUUGUUUUAUUAUCUCAGUAAACAGUUUCCUGAUGAGUUUCUGGUCUCAGUCUCUAGUUUCAGUCUUCUUCCAUACAGCAUGAUGUUCAUUUAGUAACUGAUGGUCCCAUUUAGAGUAAAACAGACCAUAAAGCAGGGUAUGCUUUAGGGCGGGGCUACCUUGUGAUUGACAGCUCAUUCUCAGUGAGUCCGUCCAGCUCAACGCACCAAACUCAGAUCAAACUGUCUGGAAUACGAGAUUGUGUGUGUGUGUGUGUGUGUGUGUGUGUGUGUGUGUGUGUGAGAGCAGGUGAGCUGCAGCCAAUGAGAGCAGCUCAACCAACAUGACGUCGACCAUAACGCUUCAAAAGGUCACCGUAGGUUCGCACACGUGUAUGUGACAGACUUACUGAGUCAUAAACAAUCAUAUUAAUAACUAUAGGCAGUAAUUAUGACAUCAUCAGUAGCCAAACACUGACCCGCUGACCCGACCAGGAAGACCCGGUCUCUCACUGCACACACACACACACACACACACACACACACACACACACACACACACACCAUAUGCCACGAGUCUGGCAUCAUCCUUGGUAAUAAAUGGAAGUAAGUGGAGGCGAGGUUGAAGCGUAGGAGGGCUGUCUUUGUGUAUACAUUUAUGUGUGUGUGUGUGUGUGUGUGUGUCUCCUAGCAACCAACACACUUCACUCUCCGUCUGCAGACAGAGCCGACGGGUCUCACAUUCAACAGGUGUGUGUGUGUGUGUGUGUGUGUGUGUGUGAUAAACCGGCCACAUCUGUCUGCAUCUGUCUGUCCACACAGAGAGAUCAUCCAUUCAUCCUUCGUGUGUGUUUAAUCUCAUUAUGGGAUGUUGAGUCAGUGGAAUCCAUCUUUCUGUCUGUCCAGAUCGGGUUUAUUGCCGCCAUUCAGAGCAAGGAAGUCAUUUUAAGGCCUAUUUUAAAGGUUAUACAAACAUUAAUAUAUCAGCUGUUCUCUAUAUACAGACACAGAGUCACAUGGUGUCUCUCUCCCUCUGCCUGUGUUGUAUCGCAGCCUCUCUGUGGUUUGUUUCCAUAGCCGGUCUGCUCCGACUGAAACUGCUGUUUUUAUCAUCUACGUCGGUGAAUUAAGGAUUUAUUUCCACCAAACCAGAGUUGGUGAUUGUUGGAAACACUAACAGAGACAGUUCUGGUGAGUUUUAUUCUUGUUUCAUUGUUUUGGUCGGAGAUGCUGGUGCUUUAGUUCGACAUCCAGUAGCAACUGAAUUUCAUAUUUAUAACAUUUAUUACAACCAAGACUUAAAGAUUCAGCAUUUCUCCACCAGAAAUAUAUCAAUUUGUUUCUAUAACUCAAUAUCAAAAAUCACAAUUUGCCUAAAAGGGGCUUUAAAAUGUUAAUAAUGUUAAUGUUGGGAAAAUAGAGUUUUUUUUUUUUUUAGCAUACAUCACAUUAACUCAAUUUAAAUAAAUAUAAUUGAACAGAAGAGGUCGUUUUGAAUCCAGUGUCAGUUGUUUCCUAAACCACAACUCUGCUCUUCUGAGUUUUUAAUGUUAUAAACUUUUAUUUUUAACUCAAAUUUAACCCUAAAAAAUGAAGACUUAAUGACAAGUUUCCCUCUUUCAGCUAUAAAGUUCAUUGAUCAGAUUAUUAUCCAACUGUGCCUCAGCUACUGUGCAUCUCCAUCCAUCAGUCCAGGAGCUCUCUCCCCUCUCUCCUCUCCUCCCUCCUCCUCCUCCUCCUCCUCUCCAGCCACUGUUGACGUCCAUGGCUCUGUCACCCGCAUCACCGGUAUCCACGCUGCUCUCUGGUCCAGUCAUGUAGUCAUUAUGUCUCUUCUGAUUCCCUCUGUAUUCACAUCCUGUCUCUGUUUGUCUCCUCACGGCUCUCCUGCGCAUUUAUUUCCACCAAACCAGAGUUGGUGAUUGUUAAUCAGUCGUCGUUUCUGUCGGAAACUCUUGUUUUUGCGCUUUUUUUGGGGGGGGGAGGGGGGCUAAGUUCCGUGCGUCCGAGCGUCCCCGCGCCUCUCCACACGCUCUAAAUCCCUCCUGUGGCUGCUCCACCUGGACCCCGUCGGCUCCCGCUCCCCCCCUCCAUCCAACCGGUCAUUUAUCACCGUCGCGACUCCUAAUUGUUUCUUGGCAGGGUUGGAAACCACCGGGGAAAAGGCUCAUAUGAGUGCGCCUCCGCUGAUCCGUGCGCCCAGCCCGCUCCCGUUCUCAGGGGGGACAAACAACACCAACAGCGGCACCGGGGGAGGAGGAGGUGGUGGAGCAGGAGGAGGAGGAGGAGGAGGAGGAGGAGGAGGUGGCGGUGUGAUCUCCUUCCACAUCCAGAUCGGUCUGAGCCGGGAGCCGGUGCUGCUGGACGCCGCAGAGCUCAGCCUCAGUCAGGUCCGGGAGGUGGCGUGCUCCAUCGUGGACCAGAAGAUACCCGAGUGUGUUUUCUAUGGGAUGUACGAGAAGAUCCUGCUGUUUCGCCAUGACCAGACGUCGGAGAACGUGCUGCAGCUGCUGCGCUCGGCCUCCCAGAUCCAGGAGGGAGACCUGGUGGAGGCCGUGCUGUCAGCUUCAGCCACAGUGGAGGACUUCCAGAUCCGUCCGCACUGUCUGUUCGUUCACUCGUACCGAGCUCCGGCCUUCUGCGACCACUGCGGAGAGAUGCUGUGGGGACUCGUGCGACAGGGACUCAAAUGUGAAGGCUGCGGUCUAAACUACCACAAGCGUUGUGCCUUUAAGAUCCCCAAUAACUGCAGCGGAGUGAGGAGGCGCCGUUCGUCCAACGUUUCCCUGACGGGGGGGCUGGUGAACAUGGGCCGUCCCCUUUCUGCUGAGCCCUCUCCGCCCCACUACACCGACGAUGCUUUACUGUCUCCAGUGAGUCCCAGCAUGGAGGUAAGUCCUUUAGAAAAGCUCCCUGUCCGUCUGUCCUCGCAGCAGAAGAACCAGUUAGAAUAUUUCCCCGGCAGAGAACGGCGCUCGAGCUCACAGUCCUACAUCGGCCGCCCAAUCGAACUGGACAAGAUCCUGCUGUCGAAGGUCAAAGUUCCUCACACCUUCCUGAUCCACUCGUACACCCGACCCACCGUCUGCCAGCACUGCAAGAAGCUGCUGAAAGGCCUCUUCAGACAGGGCCUGCAGUGUAAAGAUUGUAAAUUCAACUGUCAUAAACGAUGUGCUCCUAAAGUGCCAAACAACUGCCUGGGAGAAGUUUCCAGAAAUGGAGAGCUCCUGAGCCCGGGGGCGGAGUCAGACGUCGUCAUGGUGGAGGGUUGCCUUGACGACCAUGAUGUGGACAGAGGCGGCGGCCUGUUGGACGACAUGGACGAAGCGCUGACAUCAGAGGGGGGUCUCCUGCUGGACGCGGGGCCAAGCGACCUCUGCGACCUGCACGACCCCGACCUGGACGAGUCCAACCGGGCCAUCAGCCCGUCCACCAGUAACAACAUCCCUCUGAUGCGAGUCGUUCAGUCCGUCAAACACACAAAGAGGAAGAGCAGCAGCGUGAUGAAGGAGGGGUGGAUGGUCCACUACACCAGCAAGGACACCCUGAGGAAGAGACAUUAUUGGCGGCUGGACAGUAAAUGCAUCACGCUGUUUCAGAACGACACAGGAAGUAAAUACUAUAAGGAGAUCCCUCUGUCAGAGAUCUUAUCUUUGGAGCCAGCUCAGACCUUAUCUCUGCUUCCCGAUGGAGCCAAUCCUCACUGCUUCGAGAUCGCCACGGCAUCGCUGGUUUACUACAUCGGAGAGAACCUGCAGAGAGCCGAAUCAUCGGUGACCGGCAGCAGCAUUCUGGUCAGCGGGGUCGGGCAGGAUGUGGCCCGGAUGUGGGAAAUGGCCAUCCAACACGCUCUGAUGCCGGCUGUCUCUACAGGGAUUUCCCACAGCUCUCACCGCAGUGGACACAAGGAGAUUUCCAUCAGUAUCUCCGUCUCCAACUGCCAGAUCCAGGAGAAUGUGGAUAUAAACUCUGUGUAUCAGAUCUUCCCAGACGAGGUUCUUGGCUCGGGACAGUUUGGAAUUGUCUAUGGAGGUAAACACAGGAAGUCUGGCCGAGACGUCGCCAUCAAGAUCAUCGACAAACUGCGUUUUCCCACCAAACAGGAGAGUCAGCUGCGUAACGAGGUGGCCAUCCUGCAGAGUCUGCACCACCCGGGCGUGGUCAACCUCGACUGCAUGUUCGAGACGCCGGAGAGGGUGUUCGUGGUCAUGGAGAAGCUCCACGGAGACAUGCUGGAGAUGAUCCUGUCGAGUGAGAAAGGACGACUGCCCGAGAGGAUCACCAAGUUCAUGGUCACACAGAUCCUGGUGGCUUUGCGUCACCUCCACUUCAAGAACAUCGUCCACUGCGAUCUUAAACCUGAGAACGUCCUGCUGGCUUCUGCAGACUCAUUCCCGCAGGUGAAGCUUUGUGACUUUGGUUUUGCUCGGAUCAUCGGUGAGAAGUCGUUCCGGCGUUCGGUGGUUGGCACGCCAGCAUAUCUCGCCCCCGAAGUCCUGAGGAACAAAGGUUACAACCGCUCUCUGGACAUGUGGUCAGUCGGAGUCAUCAUCUACGUCAGUCUCAGUGGGACUUUCCCUUUCAAUGAAGAUGAAGAUAUUAACGAUCAGAUCCAGAACGCUGCCUUUAUGUACCCUCCUCAUCCCUGGAAGAAAGUUUCCCAGGAAGCGAUCGACCUGAUUAACAACCUGCUGCAGGUGAAGAUGAGGAAGAGAUACAGCGUCGACAAGACCCUCAGUCACCCCUGGUUACAGGACUACCAGAUGUGGUUGGACCUGAGAAACCUGGAGUCUCGGAUGAAUGAGCGCUACAUCACCCACGAGAGCGACGACCUGCGCUGGCAUCACCACGCCCAGCUGAGCGGCCUCGACUACCCCACGCACCUCGCCAACGGCCCCCGCAGCGACGGUGGGUCGGGGGUGGAGCGCUACAAGGAGCAGGAGGAGGAGCUGGAGACCCUCAGUGAGAGGGUCAGUGAACUCUGAGGGGCCAACGAGACCUUCAGCUCCAACUUCACACAAAAAAUAACAACUGCAACAAAAUUUUAAAAAAGCACAAAAAAUUAAAAGUGAGGAGACGUUUUAAAGAUUUUUAGUAACAAAACAUUUAAAAUGGCAAAAUAUUUAGAUUUCACUACACAACUGAAUUAAAUCAGGUACGGGUCGUGUUUGAAGGAUAUUCGAGAGUUUAAGCUGAAAUCAGCUCAUUUUCUAUGAAAGUACAUUGCAUUUGCUAAAGGACAUUAAAAAUCAUAAUUACUCGCUCUGUAUCUCGUAGUUAUGAGAUAAGUUAGCUUCAGCUACGAGCCUUAACGAGAUCUGUGUCUCGUUACUAUGAGAUCCUUGUUUUGUCUUUGAGGAAUAAAGAUAUCGCAAUUAAGUUAGUUAACUGAUCAUUGUUUUGUUUCUUAAUUAUUUUAACCCAUAAUUAGAAAAUCCUUUUCUAUUACAGAUUAAAAAUACUUUAAUUGUUUCAUAAUUAAGACAUCCUUGUUGCGUAAUUCGGGAUCUCGUAAUUAUUAUUUUAAAAGUAUUUAUGCAAGUACAAGAUAAGGAUUUUAUAAUCAUUUUAUCUACGAGAUUAUUUAAUCUGGUACUAACAAGAUUUUUUUUGUAAUUACGCAGGAAGAAUGUCGCAGUUAGAAAAUAAUUUUAAAUGUUUUAAGACACAAAGUGUCCAUAGUUAUUAUAUUCUAUACAUCACUAGUAGACUUUUAAACGAAUCUUUCUCGGCCACCGUACAUUUUACUAUAACUUUCUUGGGUAGAAUAUUUAAUCUCAUAAUUCUCGACAACCUUGUUUUGUAAUCACAAGAUUAUUUUUUCUUAAUCAAGAGGUAAUUUUUUUUUAAAUUAAUUUAUUUGUGUUGCAAAGGAAUGAACAAUAUGUGUCUAUAAUGUCUCCAUUAAAUAAGCAGAUAGACAAAAUGAUUUACCUCGUAAUUAAAGUCUUAUAAAACCUGGAUCUUCUGAUUAUGGAGAGACAAAUCUUAUUGUUAAAAUUAUUAAAUGCUGUCAUAAUUGUAAGAUAAUACAAGUACUGAUAAUAUAAUAAUCAAUAUCUCAUAAUCAUAAUAAUAAUAAAAUUAUCUUUAUGAUUUCAGUUAAAUAAAGAACAACCUUUACAACAAUUACAAAGCAAGGAUCAAUAACUUAAAGAUACAGCGGUGUUGAGUGUAGAUCCCCUGAUUAAGAAAUGCUGAACAAACAGUAUUUUUACUUUGGUGAUUGCAAUGAUCUUCCAUAGUUUUAAUCCUUGAGCCAUAAAGUUAUUGAUCAGAGAGGCUCAACACUGCUCUUCUUCUUUCAGACAAUCAGGAAAAUAAAUCAGCUUUGAUUUACAUUCGGAAAACACGAAACUUCCCGGUUUGUGCCUCUCGCUUAAUCAUCACUUUUCUAUAUACAAGACUUUGCACUGAUGAUUACAGCCAAGUUACGGAAACAAGCCACGGCUUUAAAUUAAGUAAACAAUGAAAGAGAGGAAGAUAAUUUAUAUACAAUCAAAACUUAUGAAGAGUUUUAAAAUUCUUCUAUCACUUUGCUAUUGUAAGACUUCAUUAAGUUGGCAUACAUUUUACUACAACUUCUUUUAGAUUUGACUUUGUGUAGAGUAAAUGUUUAAAUGCUUAUCAAUAAAAUAAUUUAUAUGUUAAUCAAGUGAAAAUAAUCACAGCUCUCAACCAGAGAGCACUAAAACUAAGAAAAUCAGCAUCUGCAUUCAUCUCGAGCCCUGACAAAAAGUUUCUGUUUUGCGUGUAAUGUAUAAUUAAUUAAAUUUAUGUCUUCUGUUCAUACAGUUUAAACUUUACUUAACAGCUGGCGUUCACAAACGUAGUUCCUGAUGUUUUAUUUUGUAUGGUAGCAAUGAACUGUCAGGGGUUUCAUUCCAAAAGGAGAUAUCCAAAUAAACAUAAUUCACUAUAACGAUGGAGAACUCUAAAGUUUCAGGUACCUGUUUGUUGUCUGAUAAUGGAUAUGUAGCAUUUUGGAAUGAAAAUCCUCAAUCGCUCAAAAAAAAAAAAAAAACAAAAAAAAAAACAGUGCCAACAAAUACCAAAAAAACGCAACACGUAAAUAUAGUCUGUCAGUAUUUUUAUGGCUCUAUUUUUCCGAGCACUGUAUCUACAGUUACUCAACGCUUACAGAAAUGUGUGGAUGUUUUUGCAUCACCAGGAUUAUUGUUUUUUUUUUUUUUUAAUCUGUGAGAUUUUAAUUUAACAAAUAAUUCAAGUCUGGGCCACAGGGAGGCGACAGUAGCACAGCUCCGCCAACUGUGGUGUAACAACAAAAUGGCUGCCUGCCACUGAAUCCGAAGGCUAUUAAACGUUCGAGUCUUUUUUCUUAUCAAUUUAAAAAAAGAAAAAGGAAAACUCCAGCAUGGUGCAUCUGUUGUUUUUGGUUCGACAGGAGUUUAACCUGAAUGCUACGUAGCGUCUUCUGUAAACAGUAUGAAUGUUAGUCUCUCAGCACAUUUACUGUACAUACAGCCCAGAUACAUGCUGUUCUACCUUUAUACGGGAUAGAACUUUAAGGUCAAGAUCACACUGGAAAAUGGUUUGGAAUAUGUUGCAUCUUUUUCCAAAUAUUCAGCAUGGUUUGAAGUCAGUUGUAAAACAGGAGUUGAUGAUAUAAACAUACUAUUGCUUCUAGUUAACUAGCAGACAACAACUUAGAAAAAGUAGGUACCAUGUCACCGUUAGCUUGCCAGAUACAGUAAAGAUUAUUAUAGUCAUCUAAAACUAAAAUAAAAACUAAAACUAUGGGUGAAAAAUGUUUGUUAACUGAACAAAAAAACCCCAAAUUCGAAGGUGGAAAGUAAAUCUAAAUAUACAGGAAAUGUGUUUAGUUUUAGUCCAUUUGGAACAAACAUUGGUGCAUAUUUUUUAUUGAGACUGGCUGUAAAUCAAUUACCCUCACACAAGUGUUUAUUUACAUAUUCUGCAGCUCUUAGAUUUAACCCACAUUAUAGGAAAAAAAUUUAACUAAUAAAAACUAACAAUGAAAACUGAAAACAAAUUUAAAUAAAUAAAAAAUAAAAAACAAUAAAAUCUAAUGGAAAAUGUAAAACUUUCAAGAGGAAACACAAAUUAAUUUGAUGUUUUUCUCCUCAUGAUCAUGUUAUUUUGUGAUCUUAACAUAUAGUUGUUUUUACCAGAACAUCAUCACUUUGUUACGAUGCUUUAAAAACUGUGUUUUUGUGGGAAAAGCUCGUUAAAAUAAUUAAGUACAUCCCCUCUGGCUCGCUGUGUUUCUGGCUUCGAUGCAGCUGAUAAACUAAAGAAAAUUAAGGUUUUUUAUAUUUUCUGCACUUAGAUCAUAGAACAUGACUUUAAACUGUUUUCCAGUUUAUUUGAUACUUUGGCACUUAAGCGUUCAUUUAAAAAAAAAAAAACCUCCCUCCUACAGUUUCUUUCCACCAGAGCACAUGGUGGGCGGAUGUAGUGAUCACUGCAAAUUAAUUUAAAAAGUUUACAGUUUAUUGCCCUGUGUGCAGCUCAGUGGACAGUAAUGGUUCAGAAAAGGCCUCCCGUCACGCUCUACAGGACGCCUGUUUACCGAUAAGCAAGGCAAAGUUGAACUGCCGCAAUUUGAACUCCUCCCAUACAGACACAAAGGAGAACAGCAUGUAUCGGGGUUAUUAUAUUAUUACGAUACUGCCAUAGAUUUUAAAAAUAAGGGCUGUUUCUCUGAAGCCUUCAUGGCCUUGUCUUCUUCGUGCCUCCCUCACGCCGAUCAACGCUUCUCUGAAACUGACAUUUCAGCUUCACCUGAACAGAAAAUGUCACCUGUCUCAUGUGUUUCUCUGUAAAGAGGUGACUUAUUUGUUAAAAUACUUUGUUUUGUAAUUGUGUGUACAACAGUGGUGUGUGUGUGUGCGCGUGUGUGUGCGCGUGUGUGUUAUCUAUUGCAAAGAAACUGUAGACGACUGGAGGUGUAAGAGCUCUGUGCUACAGUCUGCUUCUGAAGGAAGGUAAGGACUAUUAUAACAGGAAGUCUUCAAACAGACCUCGCCAUGUUCGGGCUCGUGUCCUCGGGAGUUCGAACUUGUGUACGGGAGGAUGCAGGAAACAUUGACAAUGAGAUGUGGUUAAACACCUGUUAAUACCUCAUUUCAAUGUGUAUAUUCUCCAUGUUUGAGUUUGUGUCCUCGUGAGUUCAACCUCUGGAGUCCAAUAUCAUUGAUAUAUAUUUAUUAAUCUGUAGGUGAGUGUGUUUGUAAGUAUAAGGAGUCAUAACUAUAACUCCUAUACAAACCAUUUGGCAUUUGACUUAGAGAUCUACAUUUAUUGUACAGAGCGUGGUACGUUUGGUUUCGUGUCCUCCGGAGUUCGAACUUAAGAAUGGGAGGAUGCAGGAAACUCGCACCUGUUGAUACCUCAUUAUAAUGUAUAUUUGUAGUAUUUGAUAUUCUAAAUCAAAUAUACACCAAACUGUAAAUGUUAGAUUUUAUUCAUAUAUAUUUAUUAAUUUGUAUUUAAGUGUGGCCCAAUCUAAAUAUAAGGAGUCAGAAAUAAACUCUGAUACAGAAUUUACCCUCAGACAAACUGACAGCAGAAAUAUUGUAUUUUAAGAUCUACAUUUAAUGUAUAAAAGUUAUAUUUCUAUAUCGUUAAACAGUAUGGAAACAUCAGAACCAGCAGUAAUUAAAGGGCUUGUUAUGGCGUGUUCACACAGAAAGAAAGCACAUUUACACACUGAGAUUAUAUAUAAUAUGUCUUAUAUAAUAUAUAUAUGACUUGAAAAUAUUCAACUUUAUGCAGAAAACUGGACUAUUUCAGGGUUUUUGCAUUGUUGUGUGGGGAAGACGGCACGUUCAGGCUCGUGUCCUCAGAGUUCAAGACCUGAACAGACACAAAUGUUUUUACUUCAUGAAGUUAGCAUAGCCCCGAUCAACCAAACUCCAUUCAAAAAACUAGUAUUUUAACAGUUCUUUGCUUGCUCUUGAGUUUAACCUCUGUUAACAGGUCAUAUCUCUAAAAAAAAUUCUUUUUAAAACACAUGAAAACCCACAACUUCACACUUCAAGUAUUCUUUUAACCGGAUUUUACCUCCAUACAUUUUCAGAAAGUACACAGAAAUAUUUUCCAAUUAGAUUUCAGAGUUUAUAGCCUGGUCUGUGGGUCAGGGGCCUGUGCUGAUCCUGGUCUAUAGGAUGAACAGUAUUAGGGGAGUGAGGUGGAGUGUGUUUCGGGCUCAGAGCUGUUCGCCUCCAGCGUUGAAGUGUGUGUCCAUGUGCUGAAUGGUUGAAUGUUUCUUACGUGGCUUCACUCCUCCGGCGUCUGUGCUCCGAACAAGCUGCCUGAAGUGCUCACAAAGUGUUCGCUCUCUGCAGGAACUUUAAAGAUGUAUUUUUUUCUGGAUCAUGUUUAAAUAAAGAUAUUUUAAAAUCAA